UGGUUUAUUACAUACCCUGAAAGUUGUCGCAUUUUUUGGAACCAAAAGUUGCGGUUAUCAGCUAACUAACCCUUAGAUUCACCUGGGUACGUCACAUAACCAGCUUUCUGGAAUACACCCCUGGUUAGGAAUAGGCGUCAGGAAGUGAUGACUCCUCCUCAUGAGCGCGACACGCCCCAGCGCACGAUAGCGCCUUUCCUCCUGAAUCAGUCCCUGGAAGCGUUUGAGCCAUGGCCUCUCUAAGUGAUAAGUCUGAUAAAGAUAUCGGUCUGCUGCUUGAUGAAUAUGGCAUCAAACAUGGACCCAUAGUAGAUUCCACACGGAAACUCUAUGAGAAGAAACUGAAAGAAGCCAUGACCAAAAACACUAAGCCAUCCCCAUCUGACAAGACAUUCUACAGAGAAGAACAGGAAGAAGUGGAAUAUGUUACUUUUCAGCCUCAGCAAUCUACUUUGCAUGAUGGAUCUGGGGAUGUCAUAAGAAGGUCAAAAGUUGCGGAUUCAACUUUUGCUCAAAAUUCAAGGUCAUCUCAAUACACUAACUUUAGAGAUGAUUACACCCAUAAGCCCAGUAUCAGCCAAACUCAAACAACCUAUCAGACUUCUCGGCCAGGCCCAUCAGUUUCCAAAACCACCCAGCUAAGUGCCAGUUCAGAAAACAAAUCUGGCGGUGUUCCGGGUUGGCUUCGUAUCUUGGUGUUUCUCGUCAUUGCUGUAUUUCUUUAUUACGUGUACUCGACCAUGGAGCCUGCAGAAGAAGGUCCCUUUAAAAAAAUUAAGUAAAAUAUUGUUGCUUUAUUUUAGAUGUGUUCAUCAUCUACCGAAAUUGAUUGAGUUUAAAAAUAACCAAAAAUGUUCUGUUUAGUAACAGAUUGUGUAUUUUUUAAUUUUUAUGUUGCUAUAUUUGAUACCGGUUGUUCAAUUUGUAAUUCCAGAGUUUAUUAAAAAUGUUUUGCACAUCUAAGUAAAAUAUGAUUAAAUAAAAAAAAUCACAUUCUCAAUUUUAUUAAAAAGUUUUAAAAGGCA